CAGACAGGGGGGUCUCUGACAGACGGGGGUCUCUGACAGACAGUGGGGUCCCUGGCAGACGGCGGGGUCUCUAACAGACAGUGGGGUCUCUGACAGACGGUGGGGGUCUCUGGCAGGCAGCAGGGUCCAACGUCUUGCCCGCAGCCCCCCACCCUCAGCAGCCUCCAUGACCUCAAAGCCAUGGGGCGCCUCUCCUGGGUGCCUCCCUUGGGCUCAGUGACAGACAGACCUCCCAGCGGGGAGCAGGGAGCCUGAGGUCUUGUCCAGGGUCAAGGGUCAGGCUGGGACCCCCCUUUGUUUUGGACCAGACUCAUAGGAGAAGGACUGAGAGGUGGGACCUUCCUUUCCCCCCCCCCCAUGGGAGGGUCAGCAGCCCCGGCAGCCCCUCCCUUCCCCCUGCUGGCCGGGUCAGAUGGUCCUGAGCCCAGGAGUCCUCCCAGCACCCAGGACUCUGCCUGGGGAAUUCUCCUGGAAGUUUUGGGGACGCUCCGGAGGCCUCUGCCUGAACUCUGACCCCAGGAACAGAGACAGGGGAAGGGCCGUUGAGGAGGUUACAUGGGGGUCGUCAGGGUUCUCGGGCUUCCCCUCCAUCCUUCCUGAGGCAGAGAAAAAGCAGCUCCUCAGGGAGGCUGUAACUGGGCCUUCGGACGAGACUCAGGCGUCCAGAGGCGCACAGAAAGCCCAGAUAACGAGGGCAGAAGCCUGACGAGGAAAGCUGAGGACCGGAGGUCUCGGAGCUCCAGAAACAAGACUUGCAGGAGACGGGGAGUCAGGCUUGUGGAAGAAACCGCGCAAAGGGGCUGGUUUCCAGGAUGGCGUCGUGGCUCUUCUCAGCCUGGGAUAGCUCGGGCGUGAGGCGGGGGCAGCACCGAGGGCUUGGGCUCCUCUCCCUUGGCAUCCUGCCUUUGGGGGAUCGGUCAGUGGGACAGAUGAAAAGCAGCCGGCUCCCCCAGGGCCUCCCCAGGGUCUUCCCGUGGGCGUGGAAUUCUGGGGGCAUCACGCGGCGACCCCUCAGGCCUGCUGGGGAGAACAUCAGGGAACAAAUGCCUCCCAGACCCAGGGAGAAGCUCUCACCCACUUCCCCAUGGACCCAGGCUCCUGGAGGCCUCACCCCUUACAGAGGGAGGCCUUGCUCAGAGAAGAGGCCAUGCUCAAGGGGCAGAACAGAGCUGAACUCCCAGAAAAGGGCACCCAGGAAGAGAAGCCCCCGAGAAAAAGGCGCCCAGGAACAGAAGCCCCCGAGAAAAAGACUCCCAGGAAGAGAAGACCCCGAGAAAGAGGCACCCAGGAAGAGAAGCCCCCGAGAAAAAGGCUCCCAGGAACAGAAGCCCCCGAGAAAAAGGCGCCCAGGAAGAGAAGCCCCCGAGAAAGAGGCGCCCAGGAAGAGAAGCCCCCAAGAAAAAGGCGCCCAGGAACAGAAGCCCCCGAGAAAAAGGCUCCCAGGAACAGAAGCCCCCGAGAAAGAGGCUCCCAGGAACAGAAGCCCCCGAGAAAGAGGCGCCCAGGAAGAGAAGCCCCCGAGAAAGAGGCGCUCAGGAAGAGAAGCCCCCGAGAAAAAGGCUCUCAGGAACAGAAGCCCCCGAGAAAAAGGCUCUCAGGAACAGAAGCCCCCGAGAAAAAGGCGCCCAGGAACAGAAGCCCCCGAGAAAAAGGCUCCCAGGAACAGAAGCCCCCGAGAAAGAGGCUCCCAGGAACAGAAGCCCCCGAGAAAAAGGCGCCCAGGAAGAGAAGCCCCCGAGAAAAAGGCUCUCAGGAACAGAAGCCCCCGAGAAAAAGGCGCCCAGGAACAGAAGCCCCCGAGAAAAAGGCUCCCAGGAACAGAAGCCCCCGAGAAAGAGGCUCCCAGGAACAGAAGCCCCCGAGAAAAAGGCGCCCAGGAAGAGAAGCCUCCGAGAAAGAGGCGCUCAGGAAGAGAAGCCCCCGAGAAAAAGGCGCCCAGGAAGAGAAGCCCCCGAGAAAAAGGCGCCCAGGAACAGAAGCCCCCGAGAAAAAGGCUCCCAGGAAGAGAAGCCCCCGAGAAAGAGGCUCCCAGGAAGAGAAGCCCCCGAGAAAGAGGCGCCCAGGAAGAGAAGCCCCCGAGAAAAAGGCUCCCAGGAAGAGAAGCCCCCGAGAAAGAGGCGCCCAGGAAGAGAAGCCCCCGAGAAAAAGGCUCCCAGGAAGAGAAGCCCCCGAGAAAAAGGCUCCCAGGAAGAGAAGCCCCCGAGAAAGAGGCGCCCAGGGCUUCUAGGGCCUGUCCAGGCCCUAAGCGGCUGCACGUGGGGCGCGAUGCUCAGACCCCGUUACCCUCCCCACAAGAGGCAGGGCUGUUCUCGAAGCCAACGAUUUUCCUUUGCCUCCAAAAGAGGCUCAAAUUGAGGGUGAUCUUUGGGUGGAGACAAGGGCUCCCUCCCACAGGGGCCAGGGGGCCGGGGCUCCUGGUUUUGUCGUUGUUGCCGACGGCCUCAGUCCGGCCUCGCCCUGGGCCCUCCUCAGGCUCCCCUUGGCUUGGGAAGCGGGACGGGACCUUCAGGAUCUGCCCUUAAGGGCCCGACAUGGUCCGGGGACCACGCUCAGGGGGGACCCUCUUUCACAGCCCCGCCCACCCACCAUCUGGGGCCCCGUGGGCUGCUCCGGGUCAAGAAGAGAAGACGGUCCUUCCCCUCGGGAGGCUCGCUUUACCUCUGGCCAAAGGCCUCGCUGCUCCGGCCGGACCAGCCCGAGGCCUUUUCUCGACCCACUGCAAAGACUUUAACAUUGUCUCCUUUGGGUUCCACUUUCUAGGUGUAAAUAGUGACGGGAAGCCACCGCGUUUGUGUCUGACCUCCCUAAGAAGUGUCACCUGGCCAGGGCUUGCCCGACCCGGGGACAGAGCCCGACCUUUGCCCCUCGGGGUCCCGUCCGCGGCCUGAGGACCGGCACAGAAAGCUGACGUUUCUC